GCUGGAAGUAAACAGAGGCGUGUCUGUCAACGUACACCAGACUUACCGACGUGAUAUUUUUACGUAGACAGACUCCGAGGGCUAUCCAGGCGGCUAAUUCAUCGUUAUCUUUGAGAUUUUGAACAAAACUUUCGAUAGCGGAAUAGUUGUCGUAAAAAUCUCAGCCAGGUCAACCUUCCCAGCCCCCCGUCAACGCAUCAUCCAAUCAGUGUUUAACCUAUACUCACUUAGGGAAAUUCAUUGAACAUUCACACACAUUGGAGAUACAUCCGACACUAACUAUAUCCUCAACAUUGAGCAUUGCCUAAAUAUCCAAACCCAGCCCAAAGAGAUUCACAUGUCGGAAGAACAGACAAGCAGAAACACAGGAACGUCGCAGGUGAUCCACUCGCUCCACCAGACGAUCGACCAGUUGAAGGAGGACUUGGAAGAGUCCAAACAGCAGGCACGCGACUUUAAAAAGAAGUACGACAUGCUCUCCAAGAAGCACGACCACAUCAUGGAGCAGCUCGCGAACGCGAAGCACGAGAGCGACAUGAUCAACGCGUUACUCAAGCGUAAAGAGCGCCGCAUCAUCGAUAUGGAGACGCAGUACAGCGACAGUAUGUACACGGCGGAGAACCUAGAGUUCAAGAACAAGAACCUCGAGAUCCGGUGCAAGAAGUUGGAGGAAAGCGAGCAGAACUCGGUGACCGAGUACGAACGGUUGAAGAUCGCGUACGACACGAUUGUCAGAUCCCAGAACGAGUACCGCAGCCACUUCACCCAGGAGAUCCUCACGUUGAAGCACACGCUCGCGAACUUUGUACAGGAACGCGAGGCUGCAUUGGCUGCGACCGCCGACCGCUUCGACGCAAACUGCGCCAGCGCUGAUAAGUUGUUCGAUAACUUGGUGGGCAAAUCGCGUGACCUCGAGGGGAUCUACUCCAAGAAGAACACGGCCAUCAUCGAGUCGUUGAAGCACUUGGCGCUUGCCGCCAAGGCCCACGGGGAGGAGACUGAUGGUGUGUUAACCCACGGGGAGGUGGUCUUGGACGAGGUUUACAAGCACUUCCCAGAAUUACGGGCCAAGCGUAAGGCCGCCGCCGAAGCGAAGGCCGGGCUGAACGGUGUGGCUUCCGCCGAGGCGGCCGCCGAGGUUUCUAACGAAGCCGCUUCCUCGCCUGCCACGCAGAAGUCGCGCAUUCCGUCGAUGAACACGGCUCCAGGCAACCGCCGCCGCAUUGUCUCGGGCAUGAACAGCCAUAAGCGCCGGUCGUCGCGCUUUGAGAACAUUUCCAUCAUGGCUCCGCAGUCGCCGGAACCCGAGCACGACACGUCGGUUCCAAGCAGCUUGCCGAAGCGCCCGACCCGCAGCGGGAGCAUGAGAGGCAUUCCG